UCAUUUCACUCAAUGCAACCCUGUGUUUUGUUUUCAAUAGUGGAAGCUAAGUCGGCUUUUUGGUAAAAUUCAACGUAUGCAUUUUCUAUUAAUUUGUAAAUUAAAUUGAAAAUCACAUACUGCAUUUUAAAAAUGGGGGCGGAAACCAAAAGUGGUAGCAGUAAUCUCGUCUCGGCUGUGAUCUCCUGCAUACUCAGCUUGGUCAUAUUCGCUACAAUGCGCUUCUACUCCGGCUGGCUAACAGCUACACAAAUGAAUACAAUUGUUGGUGGCUUCGUGGGCUCGUGGUUGUUUGUCUUUGCGUUGACCGCCGUGUCGAAUGUGGAAAUGCUUGUGUUCGGCAAUGAUUUUCAAGCUAAAUUUAUACCAGAAAUAUUGACUUGCCUAACGCUGGCUACCGUGGCUUCCGGUGUGGUGCAUCGAGUUUGUGCCACGACAUGCAUUGUGUUUUGUAUCGCUGCAUUGUAUUUUGUAAAUCGCAUUUCAAAUAAAUAUCACAACAGAGGUACCAGCGCCGUGGAACAAGCACCUGUUCGCCGCGGUGGUGGAAAGAAAAAUAAGUAGAGCUCGAGUGAAAAAAGAACGUAUUAAUUAAAAUUUAUAAGUUAUAUGCAAUAA